AAACCUGCAUUUGAAGAUCCGGAAGUGGAGAGCGCGAUACACGCGUAUUUGAUCAAGGCUGAGAUUCAGAUGGGAAGAAAUUUCAGUUUGGCUCAAUGGAACGAUUCGAUCGGGGAUGAGGUUGACAUGAUCAAAGUGGUUACUUUUACCUCAGAGCAUAAACCGUUGAAACUCCAUUGUAGGGCAUUGUUCGCUUUCCACGAGAAAACGGUGGAUUAUGACUUUUUCACCGCAACAAAUGACGCGUGUUUGGUAUUUGAUUCUCGACUGGUUGUUGACAUCAAUUUUCACACCAACGAUCCGGCUAUUCGGGCUGCUGGUCCGGUGACUAAGUUGCAACGGAUCUACUACAAUGAUAUGUGGCGGCAUGAAUUAGGAAACAGUCGCGAGGUUGGUCAAAAUCUCGGUCAACAAUUAUUGGACCUGUUCAAUCCAUUCAAAAACACUCCAGCUGACCCGAUUCGAGAUGGCUGCCAUUUAUUGCCUGUAUUUGAGCAUCCGAAGAUUGUCAGUUGCGAAUUACCCGGUGGUUAUUAUUACCUAUCGGUAACCAAACCUGAUUUGUAUGCACCGUUGGAGAAGCGAAUGCAGUCGGAAGACUUUGUAAGUAUGGCCACUAAAACAAACGUGAAACAUAGCAGUGUGUGGGCGUGUGAAUGA